GAGGGGGGAAGUGGAACAAAGUGAUUCGUGGGGAGGGAGAGACACUAUUCGGGAGCUCCUCGGUGAUCACGUCAAGGGAGUACUUUGGUUGAGGCCGUUGAGAGUAAUUGUGAAUCGUGAAGAUUAAAGAAUGCAUCCAUUAAGAUAGCAGCUGGAGUUUGUUGGUCAGCCCACCUUCCCUCCUCUUAAUUUCUGGGCCUCCUCCUCCUUUAAAAUCCCCAAGGAGGGGCCUUGUUUGAUUGCCACAGUCUUCUACCCUUCUUCCUGUUUCUCCUUCUCUCUUUUUUUUUACACGGGAACAAGCUAGCAAACGAGGAGAAAGAGGAGAAGAACCGCAGGGAUUCUUCUUCUUCCUAGUAAAUCUGCUUCUUUUUCCUUCGCUUACACUUUUCCGUUCGCCAAGGAGCUCCAUUAAUGGCGGGCUUAGCUUCGGGCAUUCGCCGUCUAUAUCUUUCCCUCUACAACUGGGCUGUUUUCGCUGGAUGGCUUCAAGUUUUAUAUCUGGCAGUAAGAACUUUGAUUGAAUCUGGUCAUACUGAAGUAUACAAUGCAGUGGAAAAGCCUCUCCAGCUUGCUCAGACUGCAGCAGUAUUGGAAAUUCUCCAUGGCCUUGUUGGUUUGGUACGAUCUCCAGUUUCAGCAACAUUACCUCAGAUUGGAUCAAGAUUGUAUGUUACAUGGGGCAUCCUGUGGAGCUUUCCUGAGACUAGGACACAUGUGCUUGUCAGCAGUCUGGUGAUUAGCUGGUCAAUUACAGAGAUUAUUCGAUACUCCUUUUUUGGCAUGAAAGAGGCCUUUGGAUCUGCACCUUCUGGGUUUUUGUGGCUAAGAUAUAGCACUUUCUUGGUUUUGUAUCCAACUGGCAUCACCAGCGAAGUUGGACUUAUAUACAUUGCUCUUCCAUUCAUCAAGGCUUCUGAUAAGUAUUGUUUAAGGAUGCCAAACAAGUGGAACUUCUCAUUCGAUUAUUUCUAUGCUUCUCUUUUAGCCCUUGCAAUAUAUGUCCCAGGGAGCCCGCACAUGUACACAUACAUGCUUGGCCAAAGAAAGAAGGCCCUCUCCAAGUCCAAAAAGGAAUGAGUUCUAGUUGCUCCCCGCUUCUCAACAUAUUUGUACCUGAAUUUAUCAUUCGUGUGCCCGAGUGUUUCUGACGCAUUGUUAGCGCUGCUAGUGUCCAUCGGUCUUGUUAACUUUUAUUAAAAUUUUGGGUUAUGCUUGUCAGUUAAAUUGCAUGCAUACUAUAAACCCUUAUUGAAGUUGGCUAAUGUACUUUUUAGCAUCUUC